UACCGGAGGAUGCUGAGGGCGGGCGAGACUCGUUCCCUGGAGGAAACGCGUCUGGGAGCAAUGGUCCGUAGUGGAAAAAACGGUGGACUCCACCUGAAACAGAUUGCAUACUACAAGCGAACAGGGGAGUAUCAUCCCACAACGUUAUCAAGUGAAAGAAGUGGAAUCAGGAGAGCAGCCAAAAAAUUUGUUUUCAAAGAAAAUAAAUUGUUCUAUGUUGGAAAAGACAGAAAACAAAUGCGCCUGGUAAUUGUUUCAGAUGAAGAGAAGAAAAAUGUGCUUGAGAAAUGCCACAAAAAUGCUGCUGGUACUCAUCAUGGCAUAUCAAGGACACUGACUUUAGUGGAAUCUAAUUACUACUGGACUUCUAUAACAAAUGAUGUCAAGCAGUGGGUGUAUGCUUGCCGGUGUUGCCAAGUGGCAAAGAAUACAACCACCACAGAACCCAAAACACACCCUAUCAAAGCAGAGUACCCCUGGACAGCAGUCACUAUAAACCUAAUGGGACCUUUUAAUAUUACCAACAGAAGCCAUAAGUACAUCAUAAUGAUGACAGAUUUGUUUACAAGAUGGACUGUUAUCCUGCCACUGCAUGACACUUCAGCAGCUGAAAUUUCUAAGGCAAUCAUAAAUGUAUUUUUCUUAUAUGGGCCACCUCAAAAAAUGCCUAUUGAUCAAGGGAAGGAACUUGUUUACCAGAUAAAUGAAGAACUGUUUGCACUGUUUGGAAUGAAACAAAUUGUAUUGUCUUAUCCUCAGACAGAUGAUAUAAAUGAAAGAACAUGCAAAACAAUCAAAGCUUUCCUUAAGAAGUACUGCACUAACCAUCCAGAUAAUUGGGAUGAACAUUUGUCUGCUAUUGCCUAUGCUUUCAAUUUGACAAAUUUGGAGCCAGAUCAAAACAUCCCAUAUGUCCAAAUGUUUAAUCGUAACCCACAUGCUGUUGAGCCAAUGAAUAUAUGUGUGGAAGGAGAGUACAGUAUGUUUGCAAAAAUAUUUGAAGCAACUAAACAAGCCAGUCAAGCACUGGAAGAAGAGAAGACCUCAGAUUGCCAGGGGGAGGAAAACACUUCAGAUGAACAGAAUAUCAGAAACAAAAUCACUGUCAAAAGGAAGCCAAAGCAACUAAAUACCCUUCGACUUAAAGUUGGUCAUGAAGUCCUCAGGCAAAGAAAAAACUGGUGGAAAGAUGGUCGUUUCCAGUCGGAAUGGGUUGGUCCUUGUAUUAUAGAUUAUAUCACGGAUAAUGGCUGUGCAAUAUUAAGAGAUGCCACAGGAUCCAGGCUGAAAAGACCCAUCAAGAUGUCUCACCUCAAGCCAUAUAUAAGAGGGUCCAGUGAAAAAGACAAUCACUACUUUUUACAAGGUGCAGUAGUUAUUGACCAUGACUAUAUUGGCUUCUCUGAAAGAUCCUAUAAUCCAAGCCAACAAGACUCUCUUGUUGAAGGGGAAAUGAAAGCCUACACCAGAAGUGUCACGUCUGCUGUACAAAUGCCACCUCCAGCCUGCGAAGACCAAGUUUCAACAGCUGAUGAACAUCUGCCGGAGGUGACAGAAGAUCAUUGCAUUGAAUCAAACACUGCAAAGCUGGAGCAAUGGCCUUCACCUUGUUGGACACUUCAGACUAAAACAGAGGAUACUUAAGAAUAGUCUUUUGUCACAUUUCAUUGCCAAACAGUUUAGAACUUCUGUGGCAGACUCAAAAAAAAUGUAAUAGCUCCAAAUUCCUUAGGCAAAUCCACUUUACUACUUUAGGAGUAUCACAGAUGUCCACUGGUUAAUUCAUACGGACAUUAAGAAGGCAUUGCUCUGUUACCAAAACCAUAAAAGCACAACCUAGUAAAAGCACAUAUUCUACUACUGUAUGACUUUAAGUACAUUAUAGGUGUCCAGUGGUUAAAUUAGGUGGGUGUUGAGAAGUACUCACUUGUUACAGGCAUGACCUAGUAAAAGCAUGUGUUCUUAUCAUGCAUUUGAAUUUCAGAUUUUGUUGGUAGAAUGGCAGUGUGGUUGUACCUUAUUGUUAUCCUCUCAGGACCCAGUGCAUCAUGUCACUGUAAUGACCUUUUCAUUAACUCUUAAAUGACUCAUUGUUAAUGUGUAAAGAUACUGUGGGAUAAAUAUAAUCUAAGGAACUUGAUGUAAUUUUUGCCUUCACUAUAGAGAAGCU